AUGGAGAAAUAUUUGAGAUUGCCAUCAGUUAUUGGAAGAUCAAAAGUCACAGCUUUUCAAGGAAUAAUUGAAAAAGUGAGUAAAAAAUUUGAGAAUUGGAAGGUUAAGUUUCUCUUACAAGCUGGUAAAGAAAUCCUAAUCAAGGUUGUUGUCCAGGUUAUUCCUACAUACAAUAUGAAUGUGUUUCUACUUCCAAAAACUUUAUGUGAUAAGUUGAAUUCUUUGAUUUGGAACUUCUGGUGGGGCACUCAAGACAAAGUUGCAAAGAUUCAUUGGAAAGAGUGGGAAAGUUUGAGUAAAAAUAAAACAGUUGGGGGACUUGGUUUCAGAGAUUUGAUGGCUUUCAAUGCUGCUUUACUGGCCAAACAGGCCAAAGAUGGAUUCAGACCUUCUUAUACAUUGAAAAGUAUUAGCUCAGCAAUCAAUACUGUUAAAGAGGGUAUGAUUUGGAGAAUUGCCAAUGGGGAAGAGGUUAAGAUAUGA